CUACGAAGAACCGAGCAAGAAAACUUCCUGAUUUGACACUAUACAAAAGAAUCACGAACGAGAGAGAAAAUACAUUAAAAUAAUCUCACAUUCGCCUAAAUUAUUGUCGCGCAACUUAUAUUUUAUAUCAACGCUAAUUAACAAGACGCGAGCGAGACGGCAAUUGCUAAAUUAUAUUGCUAUCAAGACUGUUAAUUAGAAUUUGCUAACUUUGUAGCACAUUCUUUUGUUCUUGACAAUUGCUAUUUUAUAACUAAAACAAGAUGAACCGAAAGAAAAAUAAGAUGAGUGAUAGGAAGUCAAAAGAAGUUGAAAAAACAAUAAAGAAAGGACGUUUAGCUUUUGCGAUGGAGUGUCUGCAUAAGGUCAUGGGUGCCAAUCAGAAUAAAAGUUUUGUGUUCAGUCCGGCUUGCCUACAUGAUGCACUUUUUCUGACAUUUCUUCUGAGUAAAGGUGAAAUUUCGGAGCGCCUGAAAAUGAUUCUUUAUUUAGGACCAGAAUACAUGGAUAUCAUCAGCAAAACAGAUUUUAUUAACUAUUAUUCUUAUAGAACAGACAAAAAGCUAAGAUGGAAACCCUAUUCCGAGAAUUGCAAUUAUGACGUUAGAUGUUGGAUGGACCUUAACAAAAAAGAAUGUCCAUCUAAACUCGGUGGGACAAUAUUUUAUUUCUUGAACAAUCCAAUGAUCAACUCAAAACUGUACAUAAGUUGUGAGGCAAAAAUAAACCACGUUAAUGAAUUAUUAAACAGACCGGUAGAAGGAUUAAUUAAUGAGCGCAUAACAUUACCUGAUGACAAACAAGAUAUUAUUUUGAUGACCUCUAUCAGUAACAAAUUCAAUUUUGCUGCCACAAAAACAAUUCGACUUAUUACGAGCUAUUUUUAUCCACGAUUUGGACAUUCACGUGACCGGAUUAUUUGA